AGUCCGUUAGCAUCACGCUAGGGGGCAGUAGAGUGCGCCUGUACCUGUGUAGAGACCAGAGAGCGAAGAAUGAGCCAUUCAGGGAGCAACUGGAAAAUAUAUCACAACUCCAGGGAAUAACCUUUUAUAUUUGUGAUUCUAGUGAAUAUCAGAGCCUUGUCAUCAUGUCUGGUGGUCCAGCGGUGAGGGUCAGCAUUGAGUCUUCCUGUGAGAAGCAGGUGCAGGAAGUGGCCCUGGAUGGAACAGAGACAUAUGUCCCACCUCUGUCCAUGUCCCAGAACUUGGCAAAGUUGGCACAAAGAAUUGACUUCAUCCAGGGAUCUGACUCGGAGGAGGAUGGAGUCGAAGGUGAACCCAGGGACCAUGAGUGGGGCAAGCAGGAGCCAGAGGAAGAAGAAGGCACAGUGAAGUUUCAGCCAUCUCUUUGGCCCUGGGACUCAGUGCGUAACAACCUGCGCAGUGCCCUGACAGAGAUGUGUGUACUCUAUGAUGUGCUCAGCGUGGUGAAGGAGAAGAAGUACAUGGCCUUAGACCCAGUGUCUCAGGAUCCAGCAGCUGGCAAGACCCCCCAGGUGUUCCAGCUGAUCAGUAAAAAGAAAUCAUUGGCCACAGCAGCGCAGCUCCUCCUGAAGGGAGCAGAGAAGCUCAGUAAGUCAGUAGCAGAGAACCAGGAGAACAGGAGGCAGAGGGACUUCAAUUCUGAGCUGCUGCGACUUCGCUCACAGUGGAAACUACGCAAAGUGGGAGACAAGAUCCUGGGAGACCUCAGCUACCGGAGCGCAGGUUCCCUUUUUCCUCACCAUGGCACGUUUGAGGUGAUCAAGAACACAGACAUUGAUCUGGACAAAAAGAUGCCAGAGGACUACUGCCCCCUUGAUGUCCAGAUCCCCAGUGAUUUGGAGGGAUCUGCUUAUAUCAAGGUGUCCAUUCAGAAACAAGCUCCAGACAUCGGUGAUCUGGGAACCAUCAACCUGUUCCGGAGGCCGCCAAAAACCAAAGCCGGUACCCAGGCGUGGCAUGUGAAGCUAGAGGCGGCUCAGAACGUUUUGCUCUGUAAGGAGAUCUUCGCUCAGCUGUCCAGGGAAGCUGUCCAGAUUAAAUCCCAGAUCCCUCACAUUGUUGUGAAGAAUCAGAUCAUCUCACAGCCCUUCCCAGGUCUGCAGCUCUCCAUCUCACUGUGCCACUCGACGGGAGAGAAGAAGAACCAUCGGGCGUCUCCAGAGAAACCCAAACCAGACGACCACCUUUACGUACUGGAACACAAUCUGCAUCAAAUGAUGAGAGAGUUCCACAAGCAGCAGCUGAGCUCUGUGGUGAUGCCACAUCCUGCUAGCGCCCCCUUUGGCCACAAACGCCAGCGCCUAGCGGGGCCACAGGCCUACGACAAAGCUGAAAUCUCCAGCUUGCAGCAGAAUGAGGGGCUGCUGGAGAAGAUCAUCAAACAGGCCAAACACAUCUUCCUACGUAGCAGGACGGCGCGGACCAUCGACAGCCUGGCCAGCCGAAUAGAAGAUCCCCAGAUCCAGGCUCACUGGUCCAACAUCAACGAUGUGUAUGAGUCCAGCGUCAAGGUGCUCAUCACCUCGCAGGGCUACGAGCAGAUCUGCAAGUCCAUUCAGCUGCAGCUGAACAUCGGUGUCGAGCAAAUCAGAGUGGUGCACAGAGACGGACGUGUCGUCACGCUGUCGCACCAGGAACAGGAGCUGCAGGACUUCCUCCUCUCACAGAUGUCGCAGCAUCAGGUGCAUGCUGUUCAGCAGCUGGCCAAAGUGAUGGGCUGGCAUGUCCUAAGCUUCAGUAACCAUGUAGGCCUGGGCCCAGUGGAGAGCAUUGGAAAUGCCUCCGCUGUCACUGUUGCCUCUCCCAAUGGAGAGUACGCCAUCUCAGUGCGUAACGGUCCAGAGAGCGGGUGCAAAGUUUUGGUCCAGUUCGCACGCAGCCAGACCAAAGAGCUGCCGAAGAGCGACGUCAUCCAGGACACCAAAUGGUGCCACCUCAGAGGGCCGUGCAAAGAGGUCCACUGGAGCAAGAUGGAGGGACGAAACUUUGUCUACAAGAUGGAGCUCCUCAUGGCUGCACUGACUCCCUGUCCUUAGAUACAGCCUCUGUCUGCGGACUCCUUUCCUAUACACAAAGUCACGGUUUAUAUACAAUUAAAUGGCAGCGAACUGGACAACUAACAACUCCCACAUAGAAUCCUCUUUUUCUAGAGAUUUUCAGCCACAAAAUUUGUGUCACAAAACUUGGAAAGGGAUAGCAGUACAUAGGUUUUGGAGCCAUGAUACAGGCCCCUUUUGACCAAAAUGUGACUUUUCCUUCCCUUACACUUUUUAUCCAACUCAUAGACUUUUUGAAUGAAGCCAUAAACUCCUUUCCACCUCCAGUAGUGUCUGCUGCCUGCUCUGUUUUUUUAUAAUGUAAUGUGUCCAGUGUAUGUAUACCUCAAAACAAUUUGCUACAAAAUGAAAGCAGAGUUCGUCUUUAUGUAUUUGUGCUGAUUUGUCAUAUCAUCAUAUGAAAUAAAGCUAUGAAUUAGAUGUUUUCUAAGGACUUCACACUAGCGUUAUCCUAAUCACUUAUAUAAUUUGAGCAACAGCAUUUUGGAAAAACUGACGUUCUUUUUAGUCUGAUUCAUCAGCUUUAAGAAAGACCCACGAGUGAGGUUUAGUUCUACCAUCCAACAGAUUGAAAAUAUCAGUCAUAUGGAAUAUAUUACAAAUCACUUUUUUAAAUGAUUAUGUAACAGCUGUCUUCAUUUGUUUGUUUUUUACUUUUUAAAAAUUUCACUCGAAAGACCUGAAAAGUCUCUAUCUAUUAUCACUGCAUCUGAAGUCUGAUACAGACGACCUGCUGUAUAAUUUUAAAAGUUUUUUCAAAAGCCUCAUUCAAGUUUGGAUGAAUGGCAAUUUGCUUAGACAAUAAAUACAGUAUGUAUUGUU